AUGAACCCGCGACUAAAUGGUUUGGCCUCGCAGAAGCCGCAGACUGCAUCAAACAAGUCAGAAUCAGAAUCAAAAUAUGCUUUUACUCAGAAAAUUGUUUUGAGGACACUUGAUCGAAAGAUUUUGGACGAAGGCCUUCGAAAGCAAUGGAAAUUCUUCUCAGAAGACGAUAAAAUGUUUGGAUCAUUGAAUAUUCGUGGUGGUUACAUCGCUCAUGAUAUGUGCAUUUGGCGUAAAUAUAUUUCAUCAUCCAGCCCUAAAGACGUCCUGAAUUUGAAGCAAUGUCUAGCUGAAAAAGCAUGGCGCUUCUGGGAAAAAAAUCCGGACCCAGUAUGGAUUCCGGGCGCAAAAGAAGAAGAGGCGUUUGUGGAGGCUUACGAAAAUAUGGUUAAGAUUAUCCAAGGUAUACCUGCAGAAGAGACCGACAACUAUUGCGCUUAUAUUGAGCAUCGUUUGCGCUUGGCAACGUCAACUGAGGGCGGAGAAAUCCUUGGUCCUGUUCUACAUGAAGUACUUUCCAAUAAAGUGAGCAACCCUGAAAUGAGACUUGCUGCCAAGAAGCGGAAGAGUUCGAAGGAGGUUAAAGCAAAGAGUCUCGACGCCAGGAGCUUUACGCUAUUGAAAAAGCAAUCUUUGGGCAAGAGAAAGAGACUUACAGGCGACGGAGACGAUGAUGGCAUGGACUUGGUGAACAACAGUAGCGAUCGAAACAUUAUUACUACAGCAGCCGGUACCUCCACUGUCUAUUCGAAGCCGCUUGAAGAUGAGACGUUCAAGUUUCAAAUAUAUCAUUCGUCAAUUCCAUUACUGGGUGUACGGUUGUGGUUGCAUGAUCCGUUCCAAAGUCAUCAUCAUCGCAUACAAAUGCACGAUGACUUCUACUAA